AUGAACGAGGAAGGCGAAAGUGGAAGUCUGGACGCCACCCUUGAGGAGGGUCUAUUAAAUACCCCUACGAGGCCUUCCAUGACGAGUCACCGAAAGCGAGCUGCCCUCAAGCCCGAAUCUGAAAACAGCAAUGGCUUUCAUAAUGGAGAAGCUCAACAUAUCUCAAGCCAUCACGCGACAUGUCAGAAGCAGCCUGAUCUCAUAACGUACGAUGAGCUUCCCGCAUGGUACAAAGACAACGAAUACAUCAUCGGCGGCUAUCGCCCGGAGUCAUUCUCGACGUCCACCUGCUUCGCUAGUCUGACCUAUAUGCACAAUGAGACGGUCAAUAUAUAUACGCAUAUGAUACCAGCAAUUGUCUUCCUGCUCGCACAAUCCUUCAUGCUGGUACUGCUGCAUCAAAGGUUUCCCGAAGCAAAAUCCCUCGACUACAUUGUCUUUUCGUUCUUCCUGCUUUCUGCUUGCAUUACCAUGUCCUUAUCGUUCCUGUACCAUACGUUGAUGAAUCAUUCCAUGGGCGUGUCGUACCUAUGGCUCCGGCUAGAUUACGUCGGUAUCUUGGCUUUGAUAUUAGGUGAUUUUAUUUCUGGGAUUCGAGUCGGCUUUUACUGCGAGCCUACUCUGCAGAAGAUUUACUGGAGCAUGACAAUAGCUCUAGGAAUCCUAACCUCAAUCCUCGUCAUCCACCCCAAAUACUUCCAAGGCCUCGAAUACCGCAACCUCCGCGUCACCGCCUUCGUCACUCUCGCUCUCUCCGGCUUCAUACCCCUUGCUCACGGCCUUAUCAUCUACGGUUGGAACCGAAUGUGGGUGGCAUCGGGAAUGCCGUAUUAUCUCCUCGAAGGAGGGAUCUUGGUCCUGAGUGCCUUCUUCUAUGGCACGCGUUGGCCCGAAUCCAUCAGACCGGGCAGAUUUGAUAUCUGGGGCUGCUCGCAUAAUAUUUUCCAUGUGCUGGUCGUGCUGGCUACGGUAGUGCAUCUGGGCAGCAUGUCGGUUAACCGUAGUGGCAAGCGGUACUCAACCCCAGAGCAGCAACCUUUGAACAUGUGGAUUUGGAGGCCGGAGAGAUAUAACCUCGAGUACUUCGUCGAGUACUUCGUUGACACAGAAUGA